UCUCCACCCGCCCAGUCAGGCGCGCAGUUACUGCACGCCACACCUCCCUGCGCGGCCUCUCCAAUCAUCUUGCGACUUGUUGCCAAGGGCAGCCACGGGAUUUCCUGAAUGCUGGGCUUCGAUUGGUUAGAGCGACACUGCCGCGUCGAUGUGCGAGUCCCUCUCUCCAGAGCGGAUUGGUGGACAGCGCUGUUGCCCGGAGGCGCUGGCAGAGCUGAUUGGUGCAUAGCCGCGCUGGUUGGCUGGCUGGCUGGCGGCGGAGGUGACGCUACGCGGCUGAUGUUAUUGUUGUUGUUUCGCUUCCUCCUCCGGCUUCUCCUAUCCCGGUCUCCCGCUGCUGCUCGCAGGCUCCUGGGUUUCGCUGUCUCCGGGAUGUUCCUGUGUCCAACAUGGAAAAUAAGCGAGUGGAGGUUCCCGAUGGGGUGUUGGACGACCUGUGCAGCCGAUUUAUCUUACACAUUCCCAGUGAGGAAAGAGACAAUGCAAUCAGAGUUUGCUUUCAGAUUGAACUGGCCCAUUGGUUUUACUUGGACUUCUGUAUGCAGAACUUUCCAGGCCUGCCUCAGUGUGGGAUAAGAGACUUCGCUAAAGCAGUUUUUCAGCAUUGCCCAUUUUUACUUCCCAAUGGUGAAGAUGUACAAAGGGUUUUGGAUGAAUGGAAGGAAUACAAGAUGGGAGUACCCACCUAUGGUGCCAUUAUUCUCGAUGAGACACUUGAAAAUGUGCUGCUUGUCCAAGGCUAUUUAGCAAAGUCUGGCUGGGGAUUUCCAAAAGGAAAAGUGAAUAAAGAGGAAGCUCCAUAUGAUUGUGCUGCAAGAGAGGUACUUGAAGAGACAGGCUUUGAUAUCAAAGAUCGCAUGUGCAAUAAUGAUUACAUUGAACUGAAGAUCAAUGACCAGUUAGCCCGUUUGUAUAUCAUUCCUGGAGUCCCAAAGGACACCAAGUUUAACCCAAAAACAAGACGAGAAAUCAGAAAUAUUGAGUGGUUUCCAAUUGAAAAACUGCCUUGCCAUAAAAAUGAUAUGACUCCCAAGUCUAAGCUAGGAUUGGCUCCAAACAAGUUUUUUAUGGUUAUACCUUUUGUAAGACCAUUGCGGGACUGGCUACACCGGAGACUAGGUGACUCCUCAGACAGUGACAAUGGAUUUACAUCUGCCGGAAGUACGCCGUCAAAACCUAAUGUAGAGAAAUCAAAACCUAAAAUGCAUUGUAUGCCUCAGUUUUCCGAGCCUUCUCUAUCAGAACAGUGGACAAAGGCCAAGAUCCAACAAAAGCCAUAUAGUAAUUUCAAUCCAGUUGAGAUGUCAGAAAUUCUUAAAAUCAAGAAUCAAAACCUGAGGAGUAACGGUAAGAAACAGCAUCAAGACUCUCCAAACCAAAAGAAGAAGGCAAAUGGGGUCCUCAAUUCGCAAGUCAAGCCACAGAAUAGUGUUUUGAAAUCUGAGCGAAAACUUACCCCUAAGAGGCUCAAUGACACGUUUGAAGUGGACUCUGCAUUUGACUCUGAAGGACAGCAGUACAGUCACUCUGAGGAUGAAGCUUACAAUGGGAUCGUGCCGUACCCCUUCUCUUCAAAAGCCUUCUUGGGCUUCCGGUUUGACAGGGAUGCCAUCAUGAAAUCCUUGGAUCUCUGAUCCACCAGCAGCUGCACAAGUUUCACAAGUGCUGCGUCGUGUCGCAGCCGGGAUCGAGUUUUAAUCCAGCCUUACCUUCCUCAGGUGUUUUUCAGGAUGUGCAGGGAUUUUCUGGUGGUUUGGAAAAGGUCUGUCCUAUGGACAUGGCUUGCUACCUGGUUAUGUUCCCUAUGUGAUUGUGAGUGACUUGUGGGCGGUGGUUUUUUCUUCUUCUUGCACUGUUUUUGCAAUAUUGACUUUUAUACACACUAGUACCUUCUCAGUGUUUUACUCUCCUGUCAUAUGUAUUCAGUGGACACUGUCUAGAUGUAGUUUGUAUUAACAAACUGUCUUUUCUUCUCUUCUCCCUGACAUAGAUGUGACAUUUGGUUUACUAUAUAUAUCAUUUUUUAUUUUUUUAUGUUGUAGCUUGAAUGUAAUCUGGAUGCAUAGUCAAAGAGGAGUUCAGCCUUGCUGCAAUCACUUGUCAGUCAUGUGCUUAUGUUGUCUUGUGUAAUCUCUACUGCGGAUUAGCAGACAUUGACCUCUUCAUGUAUGAAGUGGGUACGUUUUUUUUCAGGGUUGAACGGUCAUCACUGUUUCUGUCUGUCCCUGUAAUCUUCUAUACAAAGCAUGACAAAUUAGUGAAAAUAUAAGUGUGUAUGUAAUCCUAACUAUAGUAGGACUCAAGGUGGAUCUUCUCGUUGAGGCUACACUGUAUUUACACACUUGACGGUAAUGUUCAAGCACAUCAGUCCACUUUAUGUCUACUGCAAGCAGUUCAUUCUUCCGCUGUUGUAUACAGUAUGAGAUUUGGAGAAGACUUAGGAGGAAUGUGUCUGCUUUUGUGGGGAUUGUAUGUCCUUUGCCUUAGGUUAUCUAAUUGGUAUACGUUUAAUUUGCUGUUUGUCAGGAUCCCGGCGGUCAGGAGACCGACGCCGGAAUCCCGACAGCUGGCAAUGCUGGCAGUCGGAAUACCAGCGCAACAGGACUAUUCCUACUCAUCUACAACACCCAUAGAGUGGGAAUAGAACCUGUGGCAAGCACACCGAGCCAACAGCGUGGCGAGUGCAGCAGGCCUUUGCGCUCACCCCGCUGCCGGCAUAUUGGUGGCGGGAUGCCGCUGUUGGUAUAUUGAUGGCUGGCAUCCUGGCUGCCGGUAAAUCAUACUGAAUCCAUCUAAUUAUUUCACCCACUUUGUGGGUAGCAGCUGCUUUGUAUUACCCAUGACACCCAUAUAACCGUUUCCUGAGACUGUCACCAAUCAGCUUGGUUCUGUUGUAAUAGAAACAGGUGCAGGUCUGUCAGCCACUUAGUGUUUCUGUUGGCAGCUCACGCACCCUCUAGUUCAUCACGUCAAGGUAAAGAGAAGAUUGAAAGAACAUUGGUGUGGCCGGACCACUUUCCUUUGUGAUCGUUUAGAGACCGAGACGCAAAAUUCAGCCAAGUUAUGUCUUUAUGUACUGUAUGGACUGCUUGUCCUAUGGAGUAAACAGCACCCUAUAGUAUUCUCAGAUCCUGGUCUGCACUGAUAUACUUCUCCAUCAUUCAUACAAACAGUUCUGAGAGUAGCACUGUGUCCAUGACCAUGACUGUUAGGGAUACG